AGGUGCUGGAAAUUGAGGCGAUCGCAGCUAGGAAUCCAACGCGAGCAGCGGUUCCGUAGGCAAAGAGGGUUAUUCUCCAUUGCACUGUUGAAGGGCGCACGCAAGUCAUGAGUUUGCAGGAUUUCCAGAACAACAGCUCCCCGGUAGGAGAAUUCUUUGCGGGGCAAACGGUUCUGCUUACCGGUGGAAGCGGAUUUCUCGGGAAGCUGUUUAUCGAAAAGUUGGUGAAGUGCGGUGUUCGUGAGAUUUUACUUUUGCUACGCACGAAGAAGGGUGUCUCGCCGGAGGAACGAAUCAAGGUGCUACUCAAGAAGGAGGUCAUCUUUGUGAACUAUGCGACUCAACCGGAGCUGUAUCUGUCCAGGAUUAAGGUCAUCGAGGGUGACAUCAGUAAACCGGGACUGGCGAUCAGCAACGAUGAUCUGGAGUAUAUCUACAGCCAUACCAACAUCAUAUUGCAUUCGGCAGCCGACGUGCGAUUCGACGAAUCGCUGCACGAAUCAGUGUUAACGAAUGUUCGCGGUACGGAGCAUCUGCUUCGUGUGGCCCUGAAAUGUCCUCUUCUUAAGGUGUUUGUUCACGUAUCGACGGCUUUCUCUCAGUGCGUGUACGAGCAUGUAGAGGAACGGUUCUAUCCACCGUCGGUGGACCCGUUUGAACUGAUCCGCGCCAUCGAACAGGACACUCGCAUGGAGGAGUUCGAGGUUAUGGCCAAGAAGAUUAUUGAACCGUGGCCAAACACGUACGCCUUCACGAAGUCGCUCGCCGAAGAUGUUGUGCAUCAGUACAAGGACAAGCUCCCGAUAGCCGUGGUUCGGCCUUCGAUCGUGACGUCCACCUACAAGGAUCCCAUUACCGGUUGGACGGACAACUUCUACGGGUUCAACGGUGUGGUCGUCGGUGCUGGAACGGGGGUGCUGCGCAUCUUCCACAUUUACGAUGAGUACAAGGCCAACAUAAUCCCCGCGGACAUCGUGAUAAAUGCGACGCUCGUGGCAGCGCGCUAUGCUGCCGACCAUCCGCUCGAGGAGAACGUCUUCAACUGUACAACGGACGAGAACUACACGACCUGGGGUGCCGUUCGUGCCGAUUGUAUGUCGCAGAAGAGUUUAGUGGCGGCCAAGAAAUCGCUCUGGAUCCCGACCUACAACACGACCCGCUACCAACUGGUUGCCGAUUUCCUGGCCAUCUUUUACCAUCUUUUGCCAGCGCUCCUGUUCGAUCUGGUGCUGCGGCUACGGGGCCAGAAGGCGCAAGUACUGCGUCUCUACCGUAAGGUGCACCGGUUCUCGGACGUGCUGCGCUUCUUCACCAUCAAGCAGUUCACGUUCGGCACCGAACGGAUGCGCACCGUACUCGACCAGAUGGCCAUCAUUGAUCGGCAUCUCUUCCCGUGCGAUAUGCGGUCGGUGGUCUGGAGCGAGUUCAUCAUUAACCAGGUGCGCGGUUGCCGGGAGUAUUUGCUCCACGAGCCGUGGGAAAUGAACGAAGAGGCACUAAGGAUCAAUAGGCGCCGGACCGUGAUCCACCGGUGCAUGCUGACCGUCAUCUAUUUAGGAUUCGGGAUGCUAGCGCUACGGCUACUGGCAGCCGCCGGAAUACCCGAUCUGCGCUUUUAUCUAGGAUGUACGGAGUUUGCCACAUAGUUUGGUUAUCCGCUUUGCUGCUUUCUGUGAAUAAAGGUAGAGCGUUGAAA